UGCAUGCAUCCUGUCCUACACGUGUGUUUAGCUUGUUUUCAUGUUCAUGCAUGCCAUACUUAGUGUGAUAAUGUAAAUCGUUGUGUAAAUAGUAAACGUAGUUAGAAGUGUUCACUCACCAACAAGAACUCUAGUUCAUCUUCAUCGUCCAUGAGCGUAUACACUAUUCAUCAAGGCAUACACUGCUAGCCUCCUACUCUACGCCAUCGUACUCGGUUGAGAUCAAAGAUUCGCGCGCCAUGCUUGGUGAGAAGGGUUACUUCGAGUGUCACUUCGCGGGCAAUCCUAAGCCAGAUAUACUCUGGUACCGUAAUGGAAAGAUCAUCAUAGCGAACGAUCGAACAAAGAUUCGCACGAGUGAAAACACCUCCACACUGACCAUUUACCCUGUGGAGGUAUCCGACUUUGGGUUCUACAAGUGCAAAGCCAUGAACGAGGCUGGCACUACCGAAUCCAUCGCCAAGCUGAUCGAAAGCAUUGUGCCUACGUUGACCGACGACGAGAAGGCAGAGCUCGAUGCAGCACGCAGUCCAAAACGUGGUAGCCGUGCCGGUAUCAAGAACGGCAAGGCGAUUGACAAAAUCGAGUUGGUUGUCGAGGAGACUGAGGAAGAGCGCCGUGCGAAGGCCGAAAAGCGCAAGAAGCGGGAGGAGAAGCGAAAACAGAAAGAAACCCAACUGAUCGAUGAGAUUGUCAAGCAGGAGAUGGAAGCAUCCUUGAAGGAAAAAAUCAAGUUUAGCUCGGAAUCGACUACCACGCUAACCACGAGCACGACCUCCGAGAUGACGCAGGACGUGAAGCUCAGCAAAGACCGUGCGACGGUAAAGUUUAAGGAGCACGUAGAAACGCUGGUAGAGGAGAUUGUCACCACCGAAACGGUACAGGAGAUCGAACGGAUGGUCAUUCACGAGAAGCUCGACGUCUCCGAUGUGGAGAGUGUGAAGAAUUCUAUCGAAGUGAAGGAAAUCCUCACCAACUUGAAGGCCAGUGAAUUUGGGCCGGGCGAGGCACCACUUCGCGAACUUGCCACGAUCGCGUUCAUGGUGAAGCACGGUGUAACGGUCAGUGAGAUCACCAGCUUCUACCAGGCAAACCACUUCCCUGCUUUGCAGAAACCUGAAUCACAGUCCGCAAUGGUACUGUUGCUCGAGCGCGAAGGAUAUGCUAACAUCGUCACGGAGAUCCUCACCGAGACGGACAUGGACGAGACGCAACUAGCAGCUACGGCCGGUUUCCGUGCGUUUAUGCGUAUGAUCGAGGUGAACCACGCGAGUGUGGAGGAGAUCAUCGCACACUUCUCUCCGGACGAUUUUGUUGUGCAGGAAUGGAAAACGGAGACGGCAUUCGAGAGACACGAAGAAUCGCGUUUGAUUUCAUCCAGUGAAGUGCGCACAACUGAAACCACCGUCCGAACGAUGAAGGAACUGGACAUCAAAGGUUUGCAAUCUUAACGUCCCAUACGCCUACCCCCUUAUCUGUGCACGCCCUGCUCUUCUUUCCUCACUUGUAUUAUGUUGUGUGUGAUGCCAACCGCCCUGCCUGUGUGCCCGCUUGCUUUGCUGAACUUGUGGCCCAUCCGUGCCAUUGCCUGCUCUAUCUCCGUCUAUCUACUUUUCGUAUACCUUUUCUUCCCUGGUUUGAGUUAGCUCGUAGAAUGCUAGUAUAUUGGUAGUGAAAGUUUAUUUUCGUUACACUUU